AUGGACUCUUCACCAAAUGAUUUUUUAAACAAGGUUAUUGGAAAACCUGUCAUCAUCCGUUUAAGCUCUGGUGUGGAUUAUCGUGGAAUCUUGAGUUGCCUUGACGGGUAUAUGAAUCUUGCCUUGGAACAGACAGAAGAAUUUGUUAAUGGUAAAAAAACAAACGAAUAUGGUGACGCUUUUAUUCGUGGUAACAAUGUUUUGUAUGUAUCAGCAUUAAAUAAGCAAUAA